CCCCCUCUCUCUCAUCAAAUUCCAAACCAACUCUCUUAUUACAAACUCAACCUUCUCUCACUCUCUCAAUUCGAUCAUCAUCAUCAUCCAAUCCAAUCCAAUCCAUUCUUCAAGCUUGAAACUAUAUAUACAAGAUGUUUAAUUUGACGGAGAUGGACAUGUUUUCGCGGCGGUGCGUAUGGGUUAACGGCCCCGUGAUAGUCGGGGCGGGGCCCUCUGGGCUGGCCGUGGCGGCCGGCCUCAGAGAGCAAGGCGUGCCGUACGUAAUUCUGGAGCGCGCCGACUGCAUUGCAUCCCUUUGGCAAAAGCGCACUUACGAUAGGCUGAAGCUGCACCUCCCCAAGCAGUUCUGCCAACUGCCCAACUACCCCUUCCCCGAUCACUACCCCGAGUACCCCUCCAAGAAACAGUUCGUGGAAUACCUGGAGAGCUACACCGCCCACCACGACAUCCGCCCCCACUUCAACGAGAGCGUCGACUCCGCCAAGUACGACGACGCCUGCCGCCUCUGGCGCGUCAAGACCGCCGCCACCGAGUACAUCUGCCAGUGGCUGGUGGUGGCCACGGGCGAGAACGCCGAGCCCGUGGUCCCCGACGUGGAGGGCCUGGCCAGCUUCGGCGGCGAGGUCGUCCACGCCUGCGACUACAAGUCCGGGGAGAAGUUCAAAGGGAAGAAGGUGCUGGUGGUCGGCUGCGGGAACUCCGGCAUGGAGGUCUCCCUCGACCUCUGCAACCACGACGCCAGGCCGGCCAUGGUGGUCCGCAACGCCGUCCACGUCCUGCCCAGGGAGAUGCUGGGGAAGUCCACAUUCGAGCUGGCGAUGCUCAUGAUGAAGUGGCUCCCGCUCUGGCUCGUCGACAAGCUCCUCCUCUUCCUCGCCUGGAUCAUCCUCGGGAACAUCGAGAACAUCGGGCUCAAGAGGCCCGAAAUCGGCCCGCUGGCCCUCAAGAACUACGGCCGGACCCCUGUUCUCGACAUUGGCGCGUUGGAGAAGAUACGAUCCAAGGAGAUCGAGUUAGUGCCGGGGAUCAAGCGCUUCUGCUGCGGCGGCGUGGAGCUCACCAACGGCGAGAGGGUCGACAUCGACGCCGUGGUUUUGGCGACGGGAUACCGCAGCAACGUGCCCUACUGGCUGCAGGAGACGGAGUUCUUCGGCAAGAGUGGAUUCCCGAAAACGGCGUUCCCGCACGGGUGGAAGGGGAACUCCGGGCUCUACGCCGCCGGGUUCACGAGGAGAGGGCUCUCCGGCUUGUCCGCCGAUGCUAUCAAGAUCUCGCAAGACAUUGCGAGAGUUUGGAAGGAAGAUUUGAAUCAGAAGAAGCAGAAAGUGGCGACACACCGUCGAUGCAUUUCCACCUUCUGAUCUCAUCCAAUCCAAAGUAUAGAUGAUAGCAUUAGAGACUAGCUAGCCCUCUCCGAAGAUGACCCAAAUUUUGGAAUAUUGGGCGUUUUCUGUAUACUACUCAGCAAGGAUGACGAGGCUUAUUCCUCUCUAUUUUUACUACUACUAACUUGUUAUUAUUAGAUCCAUCUUUGUACAAUUUUAACCCAUCCCAUAUCAAUUAAAAGGAACCCCAUUUUCUCAUAACUUGUUUUAA